CGACCAGCGUAGAGGCUGGGAGGAGCAUUCCUCAGCUCCUUUCAGCACUCAGCGUCAAAGCUGCGGCCGAAACAUGUACUCCCAGGAGUGGCUCGUGAAGGAUUUCAGCGGGCUAAGCGGCAGCAAGGACUCUCCACCGUUUACGCUGGGCGGUCACACAUGGCGGCUGGAGCUUUACCCUGGCUUUACCACGGAGCCUCUCACGCACCUGUCCGUGUUCCUGCGAGCCCAGGGAGAUGGCAGCAACGGCACCGUGCCACCGCCACCCACCAAGUUCAACUUCACUAUACAGAACUGGGUGAACUCCGAAGCCUCCUUCUGCACGAAAGACCAUACAUUCACGACCUUCAAGGAAAACGAGCACCGGGGCUGGGGCUGGGACAAGUUGCUGCCCCUGAAGAAGCUUUUCACGCCUGCCUCCGGCUUCUUGCGUGCGCAUGACGGUGCUUUGCUCAUCCGCCUGGACCUGGAGUACCAGCAGGCGCCGGCAGCGGCGGGCCAGUCGGACCCACGUGAUGGCAGCAGCUACCCAGCCACCAUCAGCAGCACCAGUAGCAGCGGCGGCGGCAGUGGCGACGGUGGCACGCAGGCUGCUAGCGCCAUGAGCGAGCUUAGCAGCGACUUCCUUGCGCUGCUCGAAGACCCCCACCCCACAUCUGACCUCACCAUCAGUGCCACGGCAUCAGCGGCACCGGGGGACAGCGGUGAAACGAGCAGCGCGGUGGCUGGGGGUGCCGAGUGCAGCCGCCGCUUCCCCGUGCACCGCGCCAUCUUGGCCGCGCGCUGCCCCUACUUCGCCACGCACUUUGCCAGCGGGCUGGGCGACAGCAACACGCGCGAGCUGCACCUGCCGGACACCGACCCGGACGCGCUGGCGGCACUGCUGCGCUUCAUGUACGGCGGGGAGCUUCGUGUGGCUUCCCGGGAGCAGGCGUGGCGCUGCCUAGCGCUGGCGGACCGGCUGCUGCUGCCCAAGGCGGCAGGGCUGCUGCGAGCGCACCUGCUUGCCACCCUGUCUCCGACUACCGUCAUGGCGGACCUGAUGUGGGCAGCGGGUCUGGCGGAGGGCCAGGGGCAGGCGGAGCUGCUGACGGGGCUCAUCAGCAGUGCGGCGGAAAUGGAAGAGGACAUUCCGGAGGCGCAGGUGGAGCAGCUGGCGGCGGCGCACCCGGCUCUGGUGGCGCAGCUCUUCACGGCGCGCUUCCGGGCGUCUAAGCGACUGCGCUCAGCACCCAAGUAAGGACCUGUGACGCGGCACGGAGAUGCGGCAUGCGUCGUAGGUGUGGCUCUUCGGCAUUGGCACAGGUUGUACCGUGCAUUUGAACCGCCUGACGACGAGUGCGGCAGCUCAGGCAGGAGCAUGAGACUGGUCUUGUGCGCAUAUCCAUGUGUUACUGCAGGAUAAUUUAGUCAAUGCCAUGUCUUGCUGCUGUACGUGAGCUUUACUGGCAUGCCGUUGGGGGCUACCAACUAGUUGCGAGUUGACAGAUGGUGGGCAGGUGUCCAUCAUGGCUGCACGGGCACUCGUGCGUUGCAGAUACGAUGCUGGUUGGCCGGGGCUGCUGCCAGUCAAUACGGUAUCCGUGUUGUUCGGAGUGGCGACUGGUAAUUUGGUUUGGGAGAACAUUUAGGGGUCCAGAUGCAGGUGGUGAAUGCUGCGUACAGUAAUGCCUUGGGCCGUGCUAGGCCUGGAAUCCCGACUCCAGGUAAUGCUUUUUAACUGGCCGCUCAGCCAUAAGGUUGGAACGCAGCUGGAAUCAUAUCACUUUAAGCAC